CGACCUUCCAAAAUCCGAAUAUUCCAAUUAGGGCUCCAUUUCUCCAACCCCUUUUAUAUUUUCCAACCUUCUUCUUACAGCAAAAAAAUCCACCAAAUCAGAGGAGAGAGAAAGUGAAAGAGAAAGUGAAAACUAGAGAAAUUUCGCGAAUUCGGCAACUCAGUUCUUCCGCAUCUAAUCGUAUGUUAUUAGAAGCAGGUAUAGUUCUUAAGGAUUUCUAUAGAACAAGUAGACCUCCGCCGCCACCGCUACCGCCUCGAAGUCCCGUCUGUAGAAUCGAUUCUCAAUUAAAUCAUGAAGUUUCUCGAAUACACUCAGUUAAAUCGUAUAAACGAUUUCUUGAGUCAUGUAAAUCUUGGCGAGCGUACUAUUAAGGGAUGUUUGGAGGCAUAUUCAUGUAAGCACACAGGUUUAGACAAAAGACUAUCGUUGAGUUUAGAGCAUGAGAUUCUUGAUCAACUUGGAAGAUCAUCUGAUACUGAUUCUCCAUCACCUGCUGAAAAUUUGAUUAGCAGAUCCAGCCGGAAGACGCUGAUUUACUUGGUCCUUACUCUGUACCACAUGUACCCAGAUUAUGACUUCAGUGCAGUGAAGGCUCACCAGUUCUUCAUAGAUGAAACCUGGGACAGUUUUGUGCAGUUAUUUGAUUCUUACAUGAGAGAAGCAUCAAAGGAAUGGAUUGAAGCUAAUGGUGGUAGUUCACUCCUUGAAGAUUUGUACAAGGCCUUAGAUGAAGUGGUGAAACUCUCUGAAUGUGAAAUUUACAGUUAUAAUCCUGACUGUGAUGCAGACCCUUUUUUACAAAGAGGAGCCAUAUGGUCGUUCAAUUACUUCUUCUACAACAGAAAGCUGAAGUGUGUUGUGAGCUUACGCUUCUGCUGCCUGAGCAACUUGGUGGCUGAUGAAUAUCUGACCGAUGAGUUGGAUUUUGAGGAAGAUGGGGAAAUAUUCGACAACAUGGAUAUUUGAGUGCGGGAUUGUGUUGUUCAUACCACCUUUGUAUGCUUGUUGAAAUUAUGUGAUCUCAGGUCUGAAUGCAUGUAAAAGCCAUUAACUUUUGUAUCUGAUCACAGACACUGUUGUGAGACCCUGUAAUUUAGGUAAUGUGAAGUUGUUAGAGGUUAGAAUUGCUUCCCAACUCGGGAUGCUGUGAUGUAAAUAUGCAUCAGGUUUCAUCCAGGCCUUCGGGCUUUGGAUUUUAAUUGCUGAAUCAUAGACACCAUUUAGUUUCGUGACACUGUAUCAGUUGUGAAUAACUGAAUCGUAUGCCUUCAUUUGUUAUUCUGUAAAGAUUGUGAGUGCCUUUGUUA